ACAACGCGGGAUCGAUCGGUUUUCCAGCAUUGACGAAGACAUGCGUGCUGCGGGCCACUCGUCAGAGGCAGUGCCAGAGAGGAGGGUCCGACACACACAUCUGCAUUCGCAUUCAUAACUACAGUACCUUGAAUGCCAUGAAUGGGAAGAGGGAAUGUUUCUGAAGAGAAACAUGGAUGUUUGACUCUUGGAGUGAAGAAGGAUCAAGAUUCCAGAGAUUCAAGUCAGCUUUGGUUGAUGAUUGUUGAAACUUUUCACAAAGAAGAAUUGGUGAUGGGACACGUACUCGUCUUUCCGUAGAUGUCUGACUCAGACCCGAUGAAGUGCGGGGGACCGUCUGGUAGGGGCCCCGACUGCCGAUCCCCUCCGGCCUCAAGGAUAGAGCUUCUCAGCCCCUCCAAGGUGAAGGAUCGCUCUCUCAACGUCACAGAGAAGGUCACCCAGGUUCUUUCUCUGGAGUCUGACGUGCUACCAGAAUAUGAACUCCAAGUGCCAGAGACAACGUGGUGGAUCUUGCUCCACUACAGCCCCUUCAAGGCCUUCUGGGACUGGAUCAUUCUCCUCCUGGUGCUCUACACAGCAGUAUUCACGCCGUACUCGGCGACGUUCCUCUUGCACGAGCACAGCGACGUGCGUCAGAGGACCUGCGGCUACACAUGCAACCCGCUCAACGUGGCCGACCUGUUGGUGGACGUACUGUUUAUCGUGGACAUAGUCAUCAACCUGCGCACCACCUACGUGGACCACAACGAUGAGGUGGUGACGCAGCCCAGCAGGAUCGCCAAGCACUAUAUCAAAGGGUGGUUCCCUAUUGAUCUUUUUGCGGCUAUCCCCUUUGACCUUCUCAUUUUUAGGUCCGGGUCUGAUGAGAUGGCAACCUUAACAAGUCUGCUCAAAACGGCUCGCUUGCUGCGGUUGGUCCGCGUGGCAAGAAAGCUGGACCGCUAUUCCGAGUACGGAGCCGCUGUUCUCUUCCUGCUAAUGUGCACUUUUGUGCUCAUCGCCCAUUGGCUCGCCUGCAUCUGGUACGCUAUCGGCUUCGUGGAGAGGCCCUACACGGAGACCGGUUGGCUGGACAACCUGGCAGAGCAACUGGGCAAGACCUACAACGACAACAACUCAAGCUCCGGUCCUUCCGUCAAAGACAAAUACGUGACAGCACUUUACUUCACCUUGAGCAGUCUGACAAGCGUUGGGUUCGGGAAUGUCUCUCCCAACACAAAUUCAGAGAAGCUCUUCUCCAUCUGUGUCAUGGUUGUCGGCUCUCUUAUGUAUGCCAGCAUAUUCGGGAACGUGUCGGCCAUCAUCCAGAGGCUGUACUCGGGUACGACUCGCUACCACACUCAGAUGCUACGUGUCAAAGAGUUUAUUCGCUUUCACCAAAUCCCUGUCAGCCUACGGCAACGACUGGAGGAAUACUUCCAGCACGCGUGGUCCUACACAAACGGCAUCAACAUGAACGCUGUGUUGAAGGGCUUCCCAGAGUCCUUGCAAGCGGACAUCUGUUUGCACUUGAACCGAUCUCUUCUACAGACGUGCAAGGCUUUCCGUGGAAGCAGCGAGGCCUGCCUGCGGGCCUUGGCCAUGAGAUUCAGGACGGUCCACGCGCCUCCGGGCGACACCCUCAUCCACUACGGCGACAUCCUAGACUCGCUCUUUUUCAUGUCGCGGGGUUCCCUCCAGGUCAUCAGGGAUGACGUGGUGGUUGCCAUACUAGAGAAGAAGGACAUCUUUGGUGAGCUGAUUCAUCUUUAUAAUGAGCCUGGGAAGUCUAAUUCGGAUGUGAUCACAAUCACUUACUGUGACCUACACCGGAUUCUGAGGGAUGAUCUGCUGGAGGUUCUGGAUAUGUACCCUGGCUUUGCAGACAACUUCUGGAGGAACCUGGACUUGACGUUCAACCUCAGAGAUGCAGAUCAAGUGGUGCCAAUAUCAACUGAUGAUUCAGGUGAUGACUGUGAUUACCGCCACAGGCCAAGACACAAAAUCCACUCUCUGGACUGCAGAAUCAGACCAGAUGGAAUGGAUCACGAAGAUUCUUACCCUCUUCGGCAUCGUUGCUCCCCAUCCCGAGCCCAUUGGGAAGACAGCUGUAGCUGCGGUUCCUCGUGUUCCCAGUCCAGCGAGGACUCGACCAAACCUCUCGCUCAGAGCGCCAAAGUUGAGCUUUACCCGUCUGAAGGCGGCAGAAGGGAAUACGUCCCCUCUGAGGUGCAGCUGCUACCCCCAAGUGGCGUGUCGGUGGGAAGGGAAGCAGUGUUGGACCGGAGUCGUCAAGCUCCGUCUUUGAAUGUGCCAGAAAUGUUCCACUACUGGACAGAUCGACGACCUCACCAGAUCUCCAGUCAGGCCUGGCAAUCAUCGUCGGUCCGCUACUCUUACCACCCGCCGCCAUUCACUGAGGAGCGGCACAGCGAACUCGAGUCUCGACUGGAAGUUUUGCAUGCACAGCUAAACAGGUUGGAGACCCGCAUGACGGCCGACAUCAACGUCAUCCUCCAGCUUCUUCAGCAGCAGAUCGCGCCCGUCCCUCCGGCUUACAGCACCGUGUCAUCCCGGAGACUCCCGACUGACUCGACGGGCCUGUACAGCAGCGGGACGCCCGUGCUGUGCGCCAUGUACCCCAUCGCCCCCUUGCAGAUAGACAGCCCAGCACCCACUCCAGUAAGUAGAGGUACAGGUAUUGUGGAACGUCCUCAUCCCACGAACCCGAAGACGCGCACCUCCCUCCGUUGCCCCUCGCUGCCGGACAACCUGGACACGACCUCAGGGCUGUCUGAGAUCCAGAAGCACCGCUCAGACCCAGUACUUCCUAUCACCUAACUGGGUCAGUAAUGGCAUUCAGUAUGACUUGUAAAAUUGAACGGACACAUCCUCUGUCAGCACAGUAGAUGCUGUAGGUCUCCAAAGCCAAGCAGCAGAGGUGGGGGACUCGAGUCACAUGACGUGACAUAAGUUGCCAAUUUUAGGAAUUGAUACUUCCUUGGCGAACACUUAAGAAAGAUUUGACUUGAGUUUGACUUGGUAUAGGUCAACAUGAGACGCUACUUGACUUAGACUUGGAACUACAUGCAUUAAGAAAGCGUGACAGAAGGUUCUCUGAAGAUUAUUACAUUUGGAUUUAAGGGUUGUGUUUUCGAUAAAAAUUUGGCAAAAAAAAAAAAAAAAAAGAACAGCAACAUGGAAGGUUUGCAACUCAAAGAGACACCACAACUGACAUCUUACGUCAUCCGUCAGUACAAACCCCCCAAAAUACAUGUAAGCUACAUUAACAGUGUAGCUAACUGAUAGCUGGUCAAACAUUAAAUUAGCUUCAAGUCGGUUAUACGUUUAACUGAGAAGACAAAGUAAUAGACAAUACACAGACUGGUAUUGGGUCAUUAAAAUAAACAACGAUGUAAUUGUAAACAUUAGCUAACUAACGUAUAGAUAGGGUUGAUGCUACAUGCUAAUACUGAAUGUAGCGCAAAGUGGCUAACAUGUUAGUUUAUGUUGUGACUGAGUAAGAUAUGACUUGACUUAUGACUUGCUUAACCCAGGUAAUGACUUGAUUUGCAUGCUCUUGUUACACUAACUUAGGACUAUUUGUUACACUAACUUGCAACUAGCUUGAAACUUGAAAGCUAUAACGUCAGAUGUACUUAUGACUUGCAUAUAUUGUUAGCUUAAUAGCAUAGUUUCCUAAAUGAUUUAAACAUUUUCGGAAAAUAAGGAAAACUUUUUUUUUUUUUUUUUUUUAAGUAGUUACAUUGGUAUUAUUAUUUUUUUGUAACAGUAAGUAAAAAAUGACUUUUGUGCAAUUGUGCUAUUAGGUUAACAAUAUGUGAAUUACUCCUACCUCCCUCCAAUCGGGGUUAAUGACUGACAUGAUGACUUAAUUCUCAUUAGUAAAACACUGAUCAUUAAAUGCUCUGGACAAGAUGAGGAUGGUGACAGUCAAUAGCCACUGAGAUGCAAAUGUGUGCGUCUUUGGAGCAAUUCCUUGAAGACGGUUUAAAUGUGAUAUGAAAUAAAAAGUACUCUAUAUGUAAAACAAAACAAAACAAAAAACCAUGAAUUGCAUUAAAUGAUAGUUAACAAAAAGGAUGAAUGUGGUCUCAACUGUCAGAGAAUGGGUUUCGAGUUCCUUCCCUUGGACUGUCUCGUGGAGCGCUGACCCAGAAGCUUUUCUGACAAUCAUAACGGAUGGAGCUCCACAAGACUUUAUUGAUCGGUCCCCAUGCAGUAUAUGUAUUGAAUGGUCCCAUAUGACUCGCGGCGCCAGCUGCAUGUCCCAGAUUUAAGACUGGUGCUCCAUCCUAUAUAUAAUAAAAUUAUAGGACAGAACUCAUCAGCAUUUGACAGCAUGGGCUUUGCAAUUUUUGUGGGCAUAUCAUGGGUCACUAAUCUACAUUGGAAAAGCGUUGCAAAAUUGCUGACUGGCUCUGACCGAACUGGAAAAUAAAAUAUUGUUUGAAAUUUUUUUCCCCU